AAUUUCCCUCGUAUAUCCGCCCCACGCUACACGUUAUAAACAAAGAGAGUCCUGUGCCACUACUGACAGUUUAUGCUGGUCUUUUUAAACUUGAAACUCGUUCUAUUUUAAAAGAAGUUAUUGUGGACCUUUUUUUUUUGACUCGUUCAGCUCAGGACAAUCAGCACUUGAAGCAACAGGCUCCGCUCUUUGAAAUGGAUGACAUCCAGCUCGUUGAGUCCAAACCCCUGCUGGUUGACAGGGAACUUCCGGGCCUGAGAGAGGCUGUGCAGCAGCUCGUUGUCAAGGAGCAUGACGUGGAAACUCCUCAUGGGAGAAUUCACUGCACGAUGAAGGGGGUUCCCAAAGGGGACAGACCAGUCAUCCUCACCUUCCACGACAUCGGACUGAACCAUAAAACCUGCUGGGACAAACUCUUCAACCAUGAGGACAUGGCAGAAAUCAUGCAGCACUUUGCUGUGUUACAUGUUGAUGCACUGGGGCAGCACGAGGGAGCUAACACCUUCUCUACUGGAUUUGAAUAUCCUUCUAUGGACCAGUUGUCUGAGACUCUUCCACUGGUGCUGAAGCACUUUGGGCUGAAGAGUGUCGUUGCAAUGGGCAUUGGAGCCGGGGCCUACGUCCUGACCAGAUUCGCUCUGGAAUACCCCACCAUGGUAGAGGGCCUGGUGCUCAUCAACAUCAACCCCUGUGCUGAGGGAUGGAUGGAUUGGGCUGCACACAAGAUCAGUGGCUGGACCAACGCCAUGCCCGACAUGAUCAUCAGCCACCUCUUCGGAAAGGAGGAGAUCAACCACAACCAAGACUUGGUUGGUACAUACCGCCAUCACAUCGUGAACGACAUGAACCAGUUUAAUCUGCAUCACUUUGUCAAGGCCUAUGAAAGUCGGAGGGACCUGGAAAUCGAGAGGCCCAUGCCCGGAAGCAACCCCAGAACCCUCAAGUGCCCUUCCCUGUUGGUGGUUGGGGACAGUUCUCCUGCUGUGGACGCGGUGGUUGACUGCAACACUAAGCUGGACCCAACAAAGACGACCCUGCUCAAGAUGGCUGACUGUGGCGGCAUGCCCCAAGUUGACCAGCCUGCCAAACUGACAGAAGCUUUCAAGUACUUCAUUCAGGGAAUGGGAUACAUGCCCGCGGCGAGCAUGACCCGCCUGGUCCGUUCCCGCACCGCCUCCGGCUCCAGCGUCACCUCCUUCGAAGGCAACCGCUCCCGCUCCCACACCCACGAGGGAAACCGCUCCCGUUCUCACACCAACGAGGGCAGCCGCAGCCGCAGCCACACGGUCGACAACCACCACGGGCGCUCGCACGCGGACGGCUCCACGGACAACAGCGUGGAUCAGGCCGUGCCCAAGUCCACUGAAGUGACCUGCUAAAGUGGCCCCCCCCCUCAGCUCGCCGGACACACAGACCACUCGAGGUCCCUUCAUUCUGUGCUGCGAUGCCUCUAAUUCAUACACACAUUCCCGCACACACGCUUAAUUCAGAGAGGGACACCGACAUGGCACAGCUGGAGCUGUAAAAACGCACAAUGGACUCUCGUCUGCAGGCUCCUCGGCGCUGCUGAGAUGCCCCGAUUUUGAAAAUCUUGUCCUUAGACUAGAAGGUUACGGUCAGCUGUAUGGAUUUCCUUUUUUUUUUUGUUUUUUUUUGGUUUUCCCCUUAUUCAGGGACUCCAAAAUUUCUGAACACAAUAUGCUUCUGAGCUCUUUGGUCAAUUGGAGGCAGCGCAGCAUUUUGGGACACUAAAGCAGAGAAUGUCGGAGAAAGCUGUGGCGAACGGUGAACCAGCUACUAAUGCGUCUUUUUAAUGCAUUUAAAGAAAAUCCAUUUCAGCAUUCUUUCAUCCAGUCUUUUUUUAAACUUAUACUAUAAUGACACAGCUUUCUCAAAUAUACCUGACUGUAAAUGUCUUGUGUUCUCUUUUUAAUCGUUUCUGAUCAUUUAUUCAUUUGUUUUCCAUGUCUGAAGUAAUAUUGUUUGUGGAUAGCAGAUUUAUAGAUGUGGGGAGAAAGGGAGAGAAUGGGGAGUCAUUUAAAAGAAAUUUACUUAAAAAGAUGGCAUAAAAUUCCACUUGUAACUUUUAAAAUGAAGGCACAAACUUCAAGAAUAUUCUGUAAAUACUCUAAAUUAAAUCUUGCCAAAUUCUUUGUGUUCCAAAGAUGAUCAUACUUUU